AUGGAAAAUGAACCGAAUACUACUUCUAUGUCAAGAGAUGGUACCUCGCAAACGGCCGCCUCUGAAUCCAGUACCGGCUCCCGAUCUAAUACCUCUACAGAUUUUCUCAAAUUGGAUGUUUCUGAGUUCCGUCAAACAACUUGGAGCAUUCGGAACUCUCAUUGUACUUACGGCUUAGUUGGAAAAAAGCUUCGUUGUUUGAUCACAUUUGUUUGUGUUGUGGCAUUCAGUCUCUUUGGUGUAAAUCAAGGAUUGAUGUCUGGAAUUAUUACUGCUGAUCAGUUUAUUGAUACUUUCCCAGCAGUUGGAGGAUCCUCUGGGCACUCCACCGUCGUUCAAGGUGCUGUAACAUCCUGCUACGAAUUGGGAUGCUUCUUUGGUGCUUUAACGGCUCUUUGGAUUGGUGAAAAAUACGGUAGAAGGCCCAUGAUUAUUACUGGUUCUUCCAUUUUAAUCCUUGGUACUUUCAUCACCAUUUUUCCAUUCAAAGGUCAUUGGGCACUUGGACAUUUCGUUAUCGGUAGAGUUAUUACCGGUAUUGGUAACGGUUUUAAUACUGCCACUGUGCCAAUUUACCAGUCUGAAUUGAGUAAGCCUGAAAUUAGGGGAAGGUUGGUUAAUUUGGAAGGUUCUGCUGUGGCCGUCGGUACUUUCAUUGCCUACUGGGUUGAUUUUGGACUUUCCUAUGUUUCUAACUCUGCCUCUUGGAGAUUCCCAAUUUCUUUACAGAUUAUCUUUGCCACUGUCGUUUUGAUUGGUAUUAUUGGUCUUCCAGAAUCACCACGAUGGUUAAUUGCUAAAGGUAGAUUGAAUGAAGCUUGCUAUAUUAUUUCUCAGACUGAAGACUUGCCUCCUGAUGAUGACGAAAUUAUCGCUGAGAUUUCUGCCAUUAGAGAUGCUGUCGAUAGAUUUGACAGCUCUCAAAUGUCCCUCACGCAGUUGAUCAAGGGUGGUAAGCACCAGUAUCUUAGGAGAAUUUUACUUGGUGCUUCCGGUCAAUUUUUCCAGCAAUUCACUGGUUGUAAUGCUGCCAUCUAUUACUCUACUGUCUUGUUUGAGAACACUAUAGGUAUGACUCGUCGCAUGGCUUUGAUCUUGGGUGGUGUCUUUGCUACAGUAUAUGCUCUUUUCACAGUUCCUUCCUUCUUUUUGAUUGAUAGAUUGGGAAGAAGACCUCUUUUCUGUAUUGGCGCCGUUGGUCAAGGCGUAUCCUUUGUGAUUGCAUUUGCCUGCUUGAUUCCCGGUACUGUAGGGGCAGCUAAAGGUGCAGCAUUUGGUUUAUUUUUAUUCAUCUCCUUUUUUGCUUUCACUAUGCUUCCUCUUCCAUGGGUCUAUCCUCCUGAAAUCAAUUCGUUAAGAACAAGAACUCUUGGUACAUCUGUGUCUACCUGUACCAACUGGUUGUCCAACUUUACCGUGGUGAUGUUCACUCCUAUUUUCAUUAAUGAGACAAAGUGGGGUUGCUAUCUUUUCUUUGCCUUAAUGAACUUCCUAUACGUGCCCAUCAUCUACUUUUUCUACCCAGAGACAGCCGGAAGAUCUUUGGAAGAGAUCGAUAUUAUCUUUGCCAGAGCUUAUUCCGAGGGUGUCUCUCCUGUUUCCAUUUCUAAGAGUAUGCCAAACUUGUCCUUUGAGCAGGUUGAAAAGGAAAGUGAGAGAUUGGGACUUCACGGUGAGUUUAAAGCCGAAGCAGCUUAUGAGGAGAACUUUAAUGAGAAGCACUUGCUUAUAAAAAGAAGCACAUCUCGUGCCAAGUCCAAAGAAUCCGUCUAA